CUGCGGCUCCGCCGGUGGCCGGCCGGGGGCGCCCUGGCGCGCCUGCACCUUCGCGGGCCGCCGGUGCUGCUGGAGGAGAAGCGGAGCGGGAUCCGGAGCGGCGCCGGAGCGGCAGGCAGGCAAGGCAGGCAGGCAGGCAGGCAGGCAAGCGGCCGCCCGGGCCAGACGGAGAGCGGAUCGGGCUUGCCGCGGGGCUGGCGGGCACCAUGAACACCAUCAAGAACGUGCCCGCGCGGGUGCUGAGCCGCAGGACCGGCCACAGCCUGGAGGCGGAGCGGGAGCAGUUUGACAAGACCCAGGCAAUGAGCAUCAGCAAAGCUAUCAACACACAGGAAGCACCAGUGAAAGAGAAGCAUGCCCGCAGAAUUAUUCUUGGAACUCAUCAUGAGAAAGGCGCGUUCACGUUUUGGUCCUACGCUAUUGGUCUCCCCUUGCCCAGUAGCUCGAUUCUCAGCUGGAAGUUCUGCCAUGUUCUCCACAAAGUCCUGCGGGAUGGGCACCCAAACGUUCUUCAAGAUUGCCAGAGGUAUCGAAGUAACAUUCGAGAAACUGGAGACCUCUGGGGCCACCUGCAUGACCGUUACGGCCAGCUCGUAAACAUUUACACCAAACUUUUGCUCACGAAAAUCUCCUUCCACCUCAAGCAUCCUGAAUUUCCCCCGGGUCUGGAAGUGACAGACGAGGUGCUAGAAAAAGCUGCCGGGACAGAUGUGAAUAAUAUUUUUCAGCUGACGGUGGAGAUGUUUGAUUACAUGGAUUGUGAACUCAAACUGUCAGAGUCGGUUUUCAGGCAACUCAACACCUCCAUGGCCGUGUCCCAGAUGUCCGCAGUGCAGUGCCGGCUGGCCCCCCUCAUCCAGGUGAUCCUAGAUUGCAGCCACCUCUACCAUUACACCGUCAAGCUGAUGUUCAAGCUCCAUUCGUGCCUGCCAGCCGAUACGCUACAAGGACAUCGGGACCGAUUCCAUGAACAGUUCCGCAGCCUCAAAAACUUUUUCAACAGAGCAUCAGAUAUGCUGUAUUUCAAGCGUCUCAUCCAGAUCCCACGGCUGCCCGAGAAUCCCCCCAAUUUCCUGCGGGCGUCGGCCCUGGCGGAGCACGUGAAGCCUGUGGUGGUGAUUCCCGAGGAAGCCCCCGAGGAUGAAGAACCAGAGAACCUGAUUGAGAUCAGCACAGCCGCACCUGUGGAGCAGGCGGUCGCUUGUGAUAUAUUUGAGCAAACCUUUGGACCUCCUAAUGGCAUCAGAGAUGACAGAGAUCUCCAAAUAGAGAACCUAAAGAAAGAAAUUGAUCUGCUUCGCGGAGAGCUGGAGAAGAUCAAACUUGAGGCUCAAAGGUACAUCACUCAACUAAAGGCCCAGAUCAACAGCCUGGAGGCGGAGGUGGAAGAGCAGCGGAAGCAGAAGCAGAAGGCCCUGGUGGACAACGAGCAGCUCCGGGAUGAGCUGGAGAGGUUGCAGAAGGCCAAGAUGGAGAGUGACAAGGGCAGGGGUCUCUACCUGGAGGCAGAAAAAAAGGCCAGCGCCACAGAACUCCGCUACACCAAGCUGAAAGAAAAGCACAGCGAACUGAUCAACACCCACGCCGAGCUCUUGAGGAAGAAUGCAGACACGGCCAAGCAGCUGACGGUCACGCAGCAAAGCCAGGGGGAGGUGGCUCGGGUGAAGGAACAGCUGACCUUCCAGAUGGAGCAGGUGAAACGGGAGUCAGAAAUGAAGUUAGAAGACCAGGUGUUGCAGACGGAGCAAAUGAAGCGAGAUCUGGAAGCCAAGACAGAGGAGCUGGCUCAGCUCCAGCAGUCUCUCAGCCAGUCCAAACAGGUUGGUUUGGGCCUUAAUUCCCAGAUAGAAGCCCUCCAAGCUGAGAAGGAUGCGCUGAGGAAAUCGGUCACUGAAAAGGAGUGCGAGCUCAUAUCCGCCAAGGGUCUGGUCCAAGAAAAGGAGCUGCUCUUAACUCAGGAAGUGGAGAGGCGGGCCAAGGAAGUCCAGGAGCUGCAGGGGAAGCUCACGGACAAGAAAAGCCAGGAAGAGGCCCUGCAGCAGAAACUCCUGAACGACCAGUUCAGCAUCUUGCAAGGGACGGUGAAGGAGGCCGAGAGCAUCAUCCGGGAUGCCGUUGCCAAGGUGGACGAUCCCCUCCACAUCCGCUGCACCAGUUCUCCAGAUUACCUCAUCAGCCGUGCCCAGGCCGCCCUGCAGUCAGUGAAUGCCAUGGAGAGCGGGCACAGCCGUUACCUGGCCAAUAUGGCAGAUGCCACUGGAUUGGUGGCUGCUCUAGCCCAGUUUGCCCACCUGACUGCAGACACCAUUGUCAAUGGCAGCGCCACGUCCCACCUGGCACCCACGGACCACGCAGACAAGUUGACCGAAACUUGCCGGGACUGUGGACAGCAGAGCCUGAACUAUCUAAACAAGCUGAAAGACAAAGUGUCUCUCCGGCAGGCAGAUCCAGCCGGUGUGAAGAAGACCCUGCAGAAUCUUCUACAGCUGGGACAGGAACUGAGGCCCAAAAGCUUGGACAUCCGUCAAGAAGAACUAGGAGACAUGGUUGAGAAAGAGAUGGCCUCCACUUCGGCAGCGAUUGAGGAUGCGGUCAGGAGGAUAGAGGAAAUGAUGAACCAGGCCAGGAUAGAGAGUUCUGGGGUUAAAUUGGAAGUAAAUGAAAGAAUUUUGAAUUCAUGCACAGACUUGAUGAAGGCCAUCCGGCUUCUUGUCCUGACGUCUACACACUUGCAGAAGGAGAUUGUGGAAAGUGGAAGGGGGGCAGCAACCACCCAGGAAUUUUAUGCCAAGAACUCCCGCUGGACGGAGGGUCUGAUCUCUGCUUCUAAAGCCGUGGGAUGGGGCGCGACUCAGCUCGUGGAAUCUGCAGACAGGGUCGUCUUGCACACGGGAAAAUACGAGGAACUGAUUGUCUGUUCACACGAGAUCGCGGCCAGCACGGCUCAGCUCGUAGCUGCUUCCAAGGUGAAAGCGGAUAAGAACAGCAGAAACCUGAGCAAACUGCAGGAGUGCUCACGCUCCGUCAACGAGAGGGCUGCCAACAUUGUGGCUUCCACCAAGUCAGGCCAAGAGCAGGUUGAAGAGCGAGAUACCAUGGACUUCUCCGGGAUGUCCUUGAUAAAACUCAAGAAGGAGGAAAUGGAGUCACAGGUGAAGGUGCUGGAGUUGGAAAAGACACUGGAGAACGAGCGGCUUCGCCUCGGGGAGCUCAGGCGGCAGCAUUACGCUCUGGCCGGCAUCUGCACGGAGAACACUGAAGCGGAGAAACCAACCGUGGCCUGCAAGCCGGGCAUCUUGAAAAAGCCACCUGUGGCCCAGAAACCUGCCCGUCUCAAACCAGACCAUGAGCUGGAAGAGGAUGGUGGCGUGUACCAAGCCCAGCUAGUCAACUUCUAAGGGAUGGCGGCCUUCCCUUAUGCCUAGGAAGGAGGACAGCAACGAGACAACAAGCAGGACUGUUGUACGAUUCAUCUUUUAUCCACCACUGAUCUAGAGACUUCCUGCUGGCCUGGGGGAUUCAGGGACUUUUGUCUAUUGUGCAGCUCGUGGUAUCUUGAUUCAUAGAUUUCUGGCAGAGGGCAGACACUUCUCAAGCACCAAUUUGCCUCUUGAAGGGGGGAGUGUGCUCAGGAAAGCCCCCCCCCCCCCAACAUGGUGUAGACAUUCCAAAGCCAUUACACGUCUGUUUUUUUAAAAAACAGAUACUGACAGGAUACUAACCCUCCAGCUGCCUUCUCUCUGGCAUUGCCUUGAUGCUGAAUUUUCUCUGUCCUCUGCCCAAGGGAGGCAAGAAGGCACCCCUGUGUACAGCUGACUAGUCUAAGAAUAUCUUUCUUACAGUGGUGUUGGGCUGCUGGUUAGCAGAGGGCAACCUGAGUGGAACGGGGGGGACGGGGUUUGAGGACCUUUGCCUUCAUCAUAUCAGUUCUCUUAUUUAUAAGCAAUAGGAAAUUUUUGGAGUCAAUGUCGGUGUAUCUAUUACUGUAGUACAAAAGACCUUUUUAAAGAAAUGUGAAUUUUUUUUUAGUAGCCGGUUUUCUUUUGUAGUGUUUGUGCUGCAAGCCGAAAGGAGAAUUGUCGAGAGGGAGACGCGUUCUUUCCAACUGUUCAGUUUUAUACAUGUUUUAAAGAAAUCGGGUUUAUGUAGAGAGAACGAAGCAAUGGGGCACUGUUGGCUCCCAGAAGAAACUACACUGUUUUAAGCCCAAAUUUAGGAUAGGAAAGCCGGCUUGUCGGAGGUGUUAAAUAUAUUUGUAGCAAUAUGCAUUUGAGGGGAGGACGGGAAGAGGACUCGCACCUUAUAGGACAGGGAAAUGGUUUUGAUUCUUGGGGACGGUUCCCAUUCCUAAGUUGUAACAAACCCAUGUAGCUUAUUAAAAUGGAUUAGUUACCUCA